UAAAGAAUCGUAUCCGAGACGGGGUAAGUAACAAUAUAUUAAUAUGAUACUUUCAAUAACUAAACAAACAAAAAAAGUUAAUUAAUACCACCACUGAGUUCGAGCGAGAUGUUGUUUUAAUGUUGAAUAAUUCAUUAAUGUAUAAUAAAGAAGGUACUGAGGUCUAUCAGAUGGCAAGGGAGAUGUUGGAUGAUGCAGCUGAACAAAUCAAAAUAUUCAAAACUGCAGAUACAGACACAUCAGCAAGUUCACAUACCAGAGCAGCUUCAAUGGCAGCUAAAGAACGAAGAAAGAGUGUUGUAGCCGAAUAACUCCUCAUCCUCUAAAUCUUUUGUAAAAUAUACAUAUAUAUAUAUAUAAAAUUUAGUAUUCGC